AUGUAUACCAAUUCUACCCACAGCCUAAGACAGACACGCACGCAUUUUUUCUUUUUCACUCUCUUUUCUUUCUUUCUCUUUUUUCUUCUUUCUCCCUCUUUUUUCUUUUUGUCUCUUUCUCCUUUUUUUUAUCUCUUUGUCCCCCUCUUUUUUUCUCUCUUUUUCAUCUCUUUUUCUCGUUCCCUCGUUGUUUAUCUCUUUUUUUUGCUCAGUUUUUCUCUCUCUCUUUUUUUCUCUUUCUUUAUCUCUUUUUUUCUCUCUUUCUUUAUUUCUCUCUCUUUUUAUCUCUUUUCUCUUUUUUCUCUUUCUUUAUCUCUUUCUUUUUUAUCUUUCUUUAUCUCUUUUUUCUCUUUCUUUAUUUCUCUUUCUUUAUCUCUCUCUUUCUUUAUUUCUCUUUCUUUAUCUCUCUCUUUCUUUAUUUCUCUUUCUUUAUCUCUCUCUUUCUUUAUUUCUUUCUUUCUUUAUCUCUCUCUCUUUCUUUAUUUUUCUCUCUUUCUUUAUCUCUUUCUUUUUUCUCUCUUUAUCUCUUUCUUUAUCUCUUUCUCUCUCUUUCUUUAUCUCUUUCUCUCUCUUUCUUUAUCUCUUUCUCUUUUCUAUCUUUCUUUGUUUAUCUCUUUUUCUCUUUUUCUUUUUCCCCUCUCUCUCUCUCUCUUUCUGUAUGUGUGUGCGCGCGCGUAG